CUUCAUCCUUUAUCCGCCAAAAUCCUCCACGUUAGUGAGAGAAAAAUAAAUCACAGAAGAGAGAGAAACAAAGCAUUCGACAAAUUCUAUGCCAUUUUUCUACACCAAUUCUCCUUCAUUUCAAUCCAAACCUUCACCGUACAAUGAUUCUGAACUUAACUUCACCAUGGCUCAAUAUCACUCGUCUCCCCCCUCCCAAACUCUUCGAACCACUCGCCUCUGCAACCAAUGGCGCUACCGUUCUCAUGCCUCUCCUUCUAUGUUCCCACGCUCUCUUUGCUUUCACCUCCUUCUCUAAGUCGAUGCAAGUUCGAGCUUCUUUAAGUGGCAGCGAUAUCGACGGCGCUGCGGCUUUUGAGAAUCCUGUUUCGGAUUUACUCCACAACGAGCUGAUUAGGGCUGUUUCGGGUGCUAAGGAUGCUGAUGAAGCGCUAAGAAUGAUCGCUGAUAAGUCAGGGAGAAGUGGAGGUACUGUGUCUGCUUCGGACUGUUGUUUGAUUAUUGCGGCUGCAUUAAAGUGUAACAAUCCUGAGCUUGCUUUGUCCGUGUUCUAUGCAAUGCGCUCCACUUUCUAUCAAGAUUUGCUUAAUCCAUUGCCAUUGUACAUAGUUACAGCAUGGGAAGGUGUUAAUGAAAAUGCUUCCACUGUUGAGAGAUGGAAAUGGUCAAGGCCAGAUGUUCAUGUAUAUACAUUGCUGAUUCAAGGUCUUGCAGCAUCCUUGAGGGUCUCUGAUGCACUUAGGAUGAUCGAGAUUAUUUGCCGUGUUGGUGUAUCACCUGCUGAGGAGGUACCAUUUGGAAAGGUAGUGCAGUGUCCCAGUUGUAUGGUAGCAGUUGCGGUUGCACAACCCCAGCACGGUAUUCAGAUUGUAUCCUGUGCAAGGUGCCGUUACAAGUAUGAACUUAUUUCAGGAAACAUAGUUAAUAUUGAUUCAGAAGAAAUUAGCAUGGAUACUCCUGCAUGGGAAAAAGCACUCCGAUUCUUGAAUAUAAUGAAGCGAAAAAUUCCCGCUGCUGUGCACUCCAUUGUGGUACAAACUCCCUCCGGAGUGGCACGAACCCAGAAGUUUGCUACUGAAACAGCAGAUCUCCCAGCACGAGAGGGAGAAAGGGUGACAAUUGCUGCUGCAGCUCCGUCGAAUGUAUUCAGAGAAGUUGGUCCUAUUAAAUUUAGUCCAAAGGAUCCCAAUUUUUAUUCUGGGGAGCCUAUGUGCCUGACAAAUCAUUCAGAUGGCCGGGAGUCACUAUUAUUAAGAGUGCCAGCAAAGGGAACCUCAUCCUUACUUAACCCAUCGACCCUCUUUCCGCUCAUAGUUUUGUCUGCCGCUGGAGAUGCUGCAUCUGGAGUUCUUGACCCCAGCUUGCCUCAGUUGCUUUUAGUUGCUGGACUUGCUUCUCUGGCUGCAGGAGCUACCUUGAAUUCAUUGAUUUUGCCUCAAAUCAAUCGGCUUCCUCAACGAUCAGUUGAUAUCAUUGCUAUCAAACAGCAGCUUUUAUCUCAAUAUAAUGUACUUCAGUCUCGUAUCAGGGAUUUAAAACUGGCUGCUGAAAAGGAGGUUUGGAUGUUGGCUCGGAUGUGCCAAUUAGAGAACAAAAUUUUUGCUGUAGGAGAACCUUCUUACCGCGCACGUAGAAGUAGGAUAAGAAAGGUGCGAGAAGGCUUGGAAAAUUCCCUUAAGCAACGGAUUGAACUAAUAGAAAGCUAUGCAAGGAUUUCCUCAAUGAUUGAGAUCGAAGUUGAAAUGGAGUCUGAUGUUAUUGCAGCUGAAGCAGCCAGCAGUGUGGAAAGGGUUUCUGAACAGAUAGAGCAAAUCAUGGCGCUGGAAAAUCUAGAAGAGAGAUGGAAAUUACAAGCAGAAGCCAACGAUGAAGCCGAAAGACUUCUCAACCAAUCAAUGCCAACAGAAAAGGUUUAGACAAGCUUGUACUCAUGUUUUCAAUCCAGGAGCAUCAAUAACAAGACCAAAUACUUUCCAAAUUCUUUUCCUUCGCAUUCACAAUCCAGCCUCAAUGAAAAUGUCAAUUAAUGGUGCAUGUACAUGAAGUUGUGAAGCAGCAUCAGGUCAGUGCUUCGUGGUCAGAUAUCUCAUCACUGAAGAUCUCAUUUGUUAAAUUGUAUUAAUGUUACGAAAAAGUACAUUAAAAUCUAAGUUUCUUUAGAACUUUUCCCUCCUGAGUGCUGAAAUGUGGUUUAUCACGUAAAUAUAACACAUUAAUGAUUUUAAUAAAUUAAUAGCCGUCUUUGCAUUUCAGUUAUGUUCUUAGUUAGGUCUGAUAGUUGCUUCUUACUGUCCACCGGCUAGAUGUUAGGAUAAAGAGCCUUUUUACAUAUCUAGAAUAGUAUUAUAUUGUCUAACUUAGAAUCCAAAUGUACAUGAUUUUAGCUUUGGAAUCUUAUCAAAGUGACUUUUACAAGUA